CCCUUGGAGACACGGCAGGCCCUGCCCUCGCCCGCCCCGGCUGCCGGGGCUGACGCACAGGCCACAGCAUCCACCGCGGGGCGCGUGGGCUCCUGCCCAGGUGUGGCGGCUGCGGGGAGGCGGUGCGGGGAACCGGCGUCCUCCGGCCCGGGCUAGUAGUCCCAGCAGCCGCUCGCCUGCUCCGGUGACAGCGGCGUGCGGGCCUGGAAGGGCAGGACACGCUGUCCCCGGCUCCGUGGCUGCAUGGCUGGCGGUGAAAGCCGCGUGUGGCUGCGGGCACCGCCCGGGAGCUAGUGAGGGGCGAGCGCGGCGCCCACGCGCGGCGAGGUGGGCUCUGCGCUCCCGGGCAGCGGGCGGGGCGGGGCUCAUCCUGCAAAGUUGCCCCAGGGCGGGCUACCUCCGGCGCCCUGCUGCCCUAGAUUCUUCCCGCGGAGCCAGGGGUGGACGUUGCCGCCCCGCUGACACCCGAGGGACCGCAGAAGCCAGCGGGCGUCGGCGGGAGCCCGGGCAACGCGAGAUGGAGGCUGCAAGAGGGGACGUGCGGGCCGGCGCCGAGUAGCCGGCGGGUCCCGGGGCUGGACCUUGCCCGGACGCUGUGAGGGCGAGCGAGCAGGGCCCUCCCCCGGGCUGCCAUGGAGGUGCCCAAUGUCAAGGAUUUUCAGUGGAAACGCCUUGCUCCACUGCCUAGCCGCCGGGUCUACUGCUCACUGUUGGAGACCGGGGGCCAGGUGUAUGCCAUCGGGGGAUGUAAUGACAAUGGCGUCCCCAUGGACUGCUUCGAGGUCUACUCCCCCGAGGCCGACCAGUGGACCUCCCUGCCCUCCCUGCCCACAGCCAGGGCCGGGGUAGCGGUUACUGCCCUAGGAAAGCGGAUUAUGGUGAUCGGGGGUGUGGGCACCAAUCAACUGCCUCUGAAGGUCGUGGAAAUGUACAAUAUCGAUGAGGGCAAGUGGAAGAAGAGGAACGUGCUGCGUGAGGCUGCCAUGGGCAUUUCUGUUACAGCCAAAGAUUAUAGAGUAUAUGCUGCAGGCGGGAUGGGCCUGGACCUUCGUCCACACAACUACUUGCAACACUAUGACAUGCUCAAGGACAUGUGGGUGUCACUAGCGCCCAUGCCCACUCCAAGAUAUGCUGCCACCUCCUUCCUCCGGGGCUCCAAGAUCUAUGUGCUGGGGGGACGACAGUCUAAAUAUGCAGUCAAUGCCUUUGAGGUCUUUGACAUAGAGUCUCGGUCCUGGACCAAGUUCCCCAACAUUCCCUGUAAGCGGGCUUUCUCCAGCUUUGUGACCCUGGACAACCACCUGUACAGCCUGGGAGGCCUGCGACAGGGUCGUCUCUAUCGGCAGCCCAAGUUCCUCCGGACAAUGGAUGUUUUCGACAUGGAACAGGGGGGAUGGCUGAAGAUGGAACGUUCAUUCUUUCUCAAGAAGCGCCGGGCUGACUUCGUGGCUGGCGGUCUGAGUGGACGGGUCAUAGUGGCUGGGGGACUUGGAAACCAGCCCACUGUCCUGGAGACUGCAGAAGCAUUCCACCCAGAGAAGAACAAAUGGGAGGUCCUCCCUGCCAUGCCCACACCCCGCUGUGCCUGCUCCAGCAUCGUCUUCAAGAACUGCCUUCUGGCUGUGGGGGGUGUCAGCCAGGGUCUGAGUGAUGCGGUAGAGGCGCUCUAUGUCUCUGAAUCCUAGCUGGCCCAAGCAGUGCCCUUCCCUAGACAGCAUCAUCCCACUCC